AGCCCGGCCAGCUCGGGCGGGUCCGGGCGGCGCUGGGCGGCCCGGAGGGAGCCCGCCCCGGGUCACGCCGGCGCCCGCGAGCGGAGCGCGGCGGGGAGCGCGCCAUGGACCCCAAGGCGGGCGGCGGCGAGGAGGAUGACUGCGUGGACUCGGGCGCCGAGACCGGAGGGUCCGACUACAGCCACAUGUCCUCCACCAGCAGUGAGCUCUCCGUGGAGGAAGCGCAGGACCCUUUCCUGGUCAGCAUCCACAUAAUCACAGACCCAGGGGAAUCCCGACCCCUGCAGGAGGCCAUCGACAAGGUCUUGGCUUGGAUCCACCCGGACCUCCAGCUGUUCAGGGUCUCUGAAAGGAGGGCUUCCAGGCGGCGGAGGAAGGCCCCCAAGGCGGUGCAGCCGGCGCUGGCAGUGGUCCUCUUCCUGCAGGAGGAGUACGGGGAGGAGCAGAUCCUGCAGCUGCACCGCACACUGCAGCGGCCGCCCUGGCGCCACCACCACACGGAGCGCGUGCCUAGCAGGUUCCUGCCCUACCUGCCCUGCAGCCAGGACUUCUUCACGCUGGCCCCUGGGACACCGCUGUGGGCCAUCCGGCCCGUGCACUACGGCAAGGAAAUCGUGCGCUUCACCAUCUAUUGUCGCCAUGACAACUACGCCGACAUCCUCAAGUUCUACGAGCUGAUACUCAGGCGUAGCCCCAGCCAGAGGAAAACAGACUUCUGCAUCUUCCCCAUUUUCUCCAAUCUGGAUGUGGACAUCCAGUUCUCCCUGAAGAGACUGCCCAGUGACCAGACGCCAGUCCCCACCGACUCCUCCGUGCUGGAGUUCCGAGUCAAGGACAUUGGUGAGCUGGUGCCUCUCUUGCCUAACCCCUGUAGCCCCAUCAGUGAGGGGCGCUGGCAGACGGAGGACCACGAUGGGAACAAGAUCCUUCUGCAGGCACAGAGGGUGCACAGGAAGUGCCCUAAACCUAGCAGAGCUCACCACGCCUCGGAGCAGAAACCUGGGUCCACGCCUUCCCCGAGCGCCGCCGCACCGAGCCGGACCCCUGGCAGCGGCCCGCAGCCCCUGCUGGACACGUCACACUCGGGGCUGGGCCAGACGGGCCUGCCUACCCGGCACUCGCAGGACUUUGCCAGACGAGCCAGCAGCCCUCCCAGGCUCCCCUGGACUUUCCAGAGAAGCAAGUCCUUGUUUUGUUUGCCCACCGGAGACCCCUCCCCGGCCUCCUCAGCUGAACCACAGUGGUUUGCAAACACCGGCAGCCCAGGGCAGAGAGUGCCAGAGCCGAGGCACGGCCACCUCCUCUCCAUCGAUGACUUAGAGGGGGCCCAGGAGACAGAUGUGGACACGGGGCUGCGGCUCUCCUCCUCUGACCUGUCCGUGGUCUCUGCCUACUCUGCACCCAGCAGGUUCUGCAGCCCCAUGGAAACACCGCUCCCCUCUGAAAGAUGCAGCAGCCUCUGGUCAGAGCGCAGGGGUUCCAGAGAAGGACCGCUGCCUGCUGGGGGUGGCCUGACCACAGAGGCCCCCUGGGCUGCCCUCCCCUUCUUCACCAAAGGGCCUUCUGGCUCCUCGGCCACAGCUGUCACCGCUCCCUCAGCUUCUGACACCUCCUCGCUCACAGAGUCACCCCCAGAACUCCCUUACGAUCCCCCUGACGCCCAGCAGACAGGCAGAGAUGUCCCACCACCCUCAGCGCCGGGGGGACACGGGGACAAUGACUCAGAGGAAUUCUACAUCUGAACACCCCCCAAGUCUUGUCUUUCAGACCCACAGGCUCAGGUCCCCUGGCCCCUCUGGGGUCUGCACGCCACCUGUCUUCUCAGCCCCGCUUCCCUUGGUCUGUCUGGACUCUAAUCACCUGUCUCACGGGGUCAUUAUCAGCACGUUUGCCACAUCACCCAUUCUUACCUGCGAGGUGGUGUAUUUCUAGGGACUUGAUGGAAAAACACUGAGAUUUUUAUGCAAAUAAAUUCUCAACAAACUUAAGUCAUAAAAUAUAUUUUUGAAUACUCAGUUCCAUUUGAGAUAUGGCUUAGUGCACUUAUAUAAUUCAAAUGCUUCAUAUAAUUAUUUGAAAUGAAAAGGAAACUUAUUCAGCUGGAGCUGAUUUGGCAAUUUUUCAUGCUGUGAAGGAAAAACAAUUAAAGCCAAAAUGUUGAAUGUGAAAAAGAUACCAAGUGACUCAUAUGAGAGAUUAGUGCACAUGAUUCCACCGUACUGGAUUCACCUUACCAGGGAGCAGUGGCCCUGGGAAUUUCCAGGUACUGUUAUAGUGAAAGGAGUCACCUUUAUAAAACAGUAAACAUAUAUCAGACUGCAGUGAUGCCUCACUUUGACACCACGCAACAUUGGAAAAUCUGCAUUUACGCAAAAAUAGCUAAUAUACUUUAUACAGAUUUAGCUUAACAGACUCUUGGUGCAUUUAGAAUACAAUUUGAGUUCCCCAAACUAGAUCUGCAUACACCUUUCGAACGCAUUCACGGUAACAAGUGAGAGUCUACAGAAGUCUCCACCACCUGGAUUUAUCUGGACCACUGAGAGAGAAUCGUUCGUUGGAGUUACAGAAUAAUAGGAUAUUAGACAUAGUGGGUAGGUCUUCUUAAGAUGCUUCAGUUUGUAAAACCACAAUCUAAGGGCUGUAUAUAUAGGUCUAUGUAAAUGACAGCAGCCACAUUUUAUAUACUGCUUUCUCCAGGAAACGCAUCGUCACACAGCCUUGUUCAUUUUUAAAUAAUAACAAUUUUAACUGGCAUUGUGAUUGCACACCUUAAUAAAUGCCCUCCCCGCUUCUCCAAAUGGGAAGCUUUACACAAAAUGCUGUCCUGAGCCAACACUGCUGCACAUGUUCAUAGGAGCCUUAACUGAAGCUGGAGCUCUAACCUGACCUUGGCCUUUGCUGCCGGUGCCUUGCUUCUGUCUUAGCAUGAAUGGUAUUGAAAUCUCACCUCUCCCACUGCAGUAAGGGGAUGUUUACAAUUCCAGCCCCAGCAGCGCCAAGUGCUGGCGUCCGGGUCAACACCGAGCUGUCCCUGGUUGCUGUGUACUUUGGGGAAGGAGAGCGCAGGCUUGCCUUGCUCACAUCCAACUCUAGUGCUUCCUGCCUGAUGACUCGGGGCCCGGUUCACACCUCCCUGGAAGGCCCACACCAGCCCAGACACAGCUUCAGAAUCCUCUUCAACACAGUCUUCCCGGCAGCCGGCUUCCUCAUCAGACUUGAGCUGAAGCUUCGCGUCUUUGCCGUCCCUGUAACGAGAACCUCCUACCCUGAACAUCCCGGAUAUUCCAGGACUCCAGAUUACAAUCUUCUGCUCUGACUGAAGUAAAGAAAAAUUUGGUCUUUUAUAAUUCCAGACCAGGAGUGAGCAAACUCUUUUUUAAAGGGCUAAAUAAUAAAUAUUUUAGGCUUUGCCAGCCAUACAGUCUCUGUGGAAGCUACUUACCUCUGCCAUUAUAGCGUGAAAGCAACCAAGGAUAUAUAAAUGAAUGGGAGUGGCUGAGUGCCAAGAAAAUUUAUUUUACAAGCACAGAUGGAAGGUCAGAUCCGGCCCAAGGGUCGUAUGUGCCAACCCUUGUGCUAGACGGAGGUUGCUUGAGAUCUCAGCCACGGCCAACGAUAAAAGAGCAAAGGUCUGUAGCCCUCUGCUGCUCUGGUGCCCAAGGUGAAGAAAGUACGCUCCAGGGCCACGCUGGCGACUGCCGAACCACAGGGCUCAAGAGCAGCGUGGGGCUUCUCUCUGCAGAGAUGGUGCCUAGAAGGCCACUGCCUGUCCACCUGCUGCCCCGAAAUGUGACUCACAGCCAGGAGCUGACGAUGCAAAGCAACAUGCUAAUCCCUCAGCAUGCUGACGCAGCCCCCAAGGAGCGGAAGGCAAGCUCAGGAUAGCAAAAGUCACUGCAGCAUCCACACGCGGACCCACAGCCAGGAGGUGGCUCCCCCCGUCUCCACCCUCCAUCAGUGCCCUUGGUUCAGAAUAUUCACGCGCACCCGCUAUGGAUGCUUUAGAGCGCACCUCUGACGCACGCUGGCCCUCCCCUUUCUCCCUGACCCCCGCCUCGGCACGAUGUAGUCUACCAAACAGAGGGGCCCCCAAAGAUGUCACCAAACCCCUUCAAAAGCAGAAAAUGCACGACGCCCCCAUAACACGAGGGGAGAUGGGGAGAGAAGCCCACCACAGACCACGCUCGCACGCUCCCCUCCCCGUAGACGGCGGUGCCCCUGGGGAGGAGUCACAGAGACGCUCCUGAUGGCGUAGCUCCCUUUUCUGACCUGCUGCUAACGCUGUCCUGCUCCAGGAGGGGUCCUGAUACCCACUGGGGGAUCCUGACUCUUUUUUUGGAUUAUCGUCGUGAGAGAUGCUGGCAUACUGUAGGU